UGUAAAGACUUCUUCAGGGCCGGGCGGGGGAUUUAUGAAGACCUGUUUCGCAGACUGCCACUUUACUCCUCAGACUUCACAGAUGGUAGGCUGGGCCAAACUCCUUUGAUAAUCAGUUUUUUCUGUCAACACCUCAGUGGUGCGUCUCUCACUGCAUUAUUCUCUGAUAUUCAAUUAUUAUAUUUUAUAUAUAUAUAUAUACCUGUCAAAAGUUUGGACACCUACUCAUUCAAGGGUUUUUCUUUAUUUUUACUAUUUUCUACAUUGUAGAAUAAUAGUGAAGACAUCAAAACUAUGAAAUAACACAUAUGGAAUCAUGUAGUAACCAAAAAAGUGUUAAACAAAUCAAAAUAUAUUUUAUAUUUGAGAUUCUUCAAAUAGCCACCCUUUGCCUUGAUGACAGCUUUGCACACUCUUGGCAUUCUCUCAACCAGCUUCACCUGGAAUGCUUUUCCAACAGUCUUGAAGGAGUUCCCACAUAUGAUGAGCACUUGUUGGCUGCUUUUCCUUCACUCUGCCGUCCGACUCAUCCCAAACCAUCCCAAUUGGUUUGAGGUCGGGGGAUUGUGGAGGCCAGGUCAUCUGCUGCAGCACUCCAUCACUCUCCUUCUUGAUAAAAUAGCCCUUACACAGCCUGGAGGUGUGUUGGGUCAUUGUCCUGUUGAAAAACAAAUGCUAGUCCCACUAAGCCCAAACCAGAUGGGAUGGCGAAUCGCUGCAGAAUGCUGUUGUAGCCAUGCUGGUUAAGUGUGCCUUGAAUUCAAAAUAAAUCACAGACAGUGUCACCAGCAAAGCAACCCCACACCAUCACACCUACUCCUCCAUGCUUUACGGUGGGAAAUACACAUGCGGAGAUCAUCCGUUCACCUACACUGCGUCUCACAAAGACACAGCGGUUGGAACCAAAAAUCUCCAAAUUUGGACUCCAGACCAAAGGACAUAUUUCCACCGGUCUAAUGUCCAUUGCUCGUGUUUCUUGGCCCAAGCAGGUCUCUUCUUAUUAUUGGUGUCCUUUAGUAGUGGUUUCUUUGCAGCAAUUCGACCAUGAAGGACUGAUUCACGCAGUCUCCUCUGAACAGUUGAUGUUGAGAUGUGUCUGUUACUUGAACUCUGAAGCAUUUAUUUGGGUUGCAAUUUCUGAGGCUGGUAACUCUAAUGAACUUAUCCUCUGCAGCAACGGUAACUCUGGGUCUUCCAUGGUUUUUGCGACUGCACUUGAAGAAAAUUUUAGAGUUCUUGAAAUGUUCCAUGUUGACUGACCUUCAUGUCUUAAAGUAAUGAUGGACUGUCAUUUCUCUUUGCUUAUUUGAGCUGUUCUUGCCAUAAUAUGGACUUGGUAUUUUACCAAAUAGUGCAAUCUUCUAUAUACUCUACCUUGUCACAACACAACUGAUUGGCUCUAACGCAUUAAGAAGGAAUUCCACAAAUUAACUUUUAGGAAGGCACACCUGUUAAUUGAAAUGCAUUCCAGGUGACUACCUCAUGAAGCUGGUUGAGAGAAUGCCAAGAGUGUGCAAAGCUGUCAUCAAGGCAAAGGGUGGCUAUUUGAAGAAUCUCAGAUAUAAAAUAUAUUUUGAUUUGUUUAACACUUUUUUGGUUAAUACGUGAUUCCAUAUGUGUUACUUCAUAGUUUUGAUGUCUUCACUAUUAUUCUAAAAUGUAGAAAAUAGUAAAAAUAAAGAAAAAGCAGCUAGGUGUGUCCAAACCUUUGACCCGUAGUGUGUAUAUACUGUAUAUUAACUCCAUUCUAGAUAGAACAACAGUAUGUUACUGUGUGUAUUCCUAAUCAGGGUAAUUGAAGCAAGUAAGUAUAUUGAGUUUUUGAGUUGACACCUAGCCUCCUCCUCCUCUCCUCUCCUCCUCCCUCUCCUCUCCUCCGCCUCCUCCUCCCUCCCUCUCCUCUCCUCUCUCUCCUCUCCUCUCCCUCUCACUCUCGCUCGGUCCGCUCCUCUCCUCUCCUCCCUCCUCCUCCUCCCUCUCCGCUCCUCCUCCUCUCCUCCUCCUCUCCUCCUCUUCUCCUGUCCCUCCCUCUCGCUCCUCCUCCUCCCUCUCCGCUCCUCCCCCCUCCUCCUCCUCUCCCUCUCUCUCCCUCCUCCUGCCCUCCUCCCCUCCCUCUCCUCUCCUCCUCCAUCCUCUCCUCUCUCCUCCUCUCCUCUCCUCCUCCUCCUCCUCCCUCCUCCCUCUCCCUCUCCUCCUCCUCCUCCUCCUCCUCCUCCCCCUCCGCACCUCCUCCUCCUCCCUCCCUCCCUCCUCCUCCUACUCGUCCCUUGCUCCACUCUCCUCUCCCUCCGCCUCCUCCUCCUCCUCCCCGCUCCUCUCCUCCCCUUUCCCGCCCCCCCUCCCCUCCUCCUCCGUCCUCCCUCCCCCCCUUCCCCCUUCUCCCCCCCCCUCCUCCUCCUCCUCCUCCCUCCUCCUCCUCUCCCCUCCCCCCUCCUCCCCUCCUUCCCCUCCUCCCCUCCCCCCCCCUCCCCUCUCCCCCUCCCCUCCCCCCUCCCCCCUCCCCCUCCUCCUCCUACCUUCCCCCCUCCCCCUCCCCCGCCCCUCCCCCCCUCCUCCCCUCCCCUCUCCUCCUCCUCCCCUCCCCCCUCCCUCUCCCCCUCCUCCUCUUUCCUCCUCCCUCUCCUCUUCCCUCCCUCCUCCCCCCCCCCUUUCCCCCCUUCCCCCCCCCCCCCCCUCUCCCCCCUCCCCCUCCUCCCCCCUCCCUCUCCCCCGUCCCCCUCCCUUCCCCUUUCCCUCUCCUCUUCCCCCCCCUCCCCCUUCCUCCUUCCUUUUUUCCCCCCCCGCCUCCUCCCCCCUCCUCCCUCCCCUCCCCUCCCUCCCCGUACGCCCUCCCUCCUCCUCCCCUCCUCCUCUCCUCCUCUCCACCUCCUCCUCCCUCUCUCCCCAGGUAUAGUAGGCAGUAAUAAGACUGUACUGAAGUACAUGACAACAACUAUCUUCCUGUACAUUGCUAUCCUCCUCCCUGCCAUCGCUUUCGGCUCACUCAACGAUGAGAGAACACGGGGAGAGAUUGGUAUACACGGCCACGGACUCGGACACACGCAAACACACACGUUAUGUGGCUGAGCGAUAAGGAGAAACUAAAAUUGAUUUUUGUGUAUUUCCGUUUGCAGAAUAUUUAGAUGAAGCUUUAUUUUUUAAAUAGAUUAUUUUUCUAUUUAGAUUAUUUGUUGUUAUUCUGUCUCUCACUGUUCAAAUAAACCUACCAUUAAAAUUAUAGACUGAUCAUGUCUUUGUCAGUGGGCAAACGUACAAAAUCAGCAGGGGAUCAAAUACUUUUUAUUUUUCCCUCACUGUAUGUAUGUGUGUAUAUAUACAGUGUAUAUGUAUGUAUGUACAGUGGGGAGAACAAGUAUUUGAUACACUGCCGAUUUUGCAGGUUUUCCUACUUACAAAGCAUGUAGAGGUCUGUAAUUUUUAUCAUAGGUACACUUCAACUGUGAGACGGAAUCUAAAACAAAAAUCCAGAAAAUCACAUUGUAUGAUUUUUAAGUAAUUAAUUUGCAUUUUAUUGCAUGACAUAAGUAUUUGAUACAUCAGAAAAGCAGAACUUAAUAUUUGGUACAGAAACCUUUCUUUGCAAUUACAGAGCUCAUACGUUUUCUGUAGGUCUUGACCAGGUUUGCACACACUGCAGAAGGGAUUUUGGCCCACUCCUCAUUUACAUUUACAUUUACAUACAUUUUAGUCAUUUAGCAGACGCUCUUAUCCAGAGCGACUUACAGUUAGUGAGUACAUACAUCAUUUUUUUUAUACUGGCCCCCCAUGGGAAUCAAACCCACAACCCUGGCAUUGCAAACACCAUGCUCUACCAAUUGAGCUACAUCCCUGCCGGUCAUUCCCUCCCCUACCCUGGACGACGCUGAGCCAAUUGUGCGCCGCCCCAUGGGUCUCCCGGUCGCGGCUGGCUACGACAGAGCCUGGAUUCGAACCAGGAUCUCUAGUGGCACAGCUAGCACUGCGAUGCAGUGCCUUAGACCACUGCGCCACUCGGGAGACAUACAGACCUCCAUACAGACCUUCUCCAGAUCCUUCAGGUUUCGGGGCUGUCGCUGGGCAAUACGGACUUUCAGCUCCCUCCAAAGAUUUUCUAUUGGUUUCAGGUCUGGAGACUGGCUAGGCCACUCCAGGACCUUGAGAUGCUUCUUACGGAGCCAAUCCUUAGUUGCCCUGGCUGUGUGUUUCGGAUCGUUGUCAUGCUGGAAGACCCAGUCACGACCCAUCUUCAAUGCUCUUACUGAGGGAAGGAGGUUGUUGGCCAAGAUCUCGCGAUACAUGGCCCCAUCCAUCCUCCCCUCAAUAUGGUGCAGUCGUCCUGUCCCCUUUGCAGAAAAGCAUCCCCAAAGAAUGAUGUUUCCACCUCCAUGCUUCACGGUUGGGAUGGUGUUCUUGGGGUUGUACUCAUCCUUCUUCUUCCUUCAAACACGGCGAGUGGAGUUUAGACCAAAAAGCUCUAUUUUUGUCUCAUCAGACCACAUGACCUUCUCCCAUUCCUCUUCUGGAUCAUCCAGAUGGUCAUUGGCAAACUUCAGACGGGCCUGGACAUGCGCUGGCUUGAGCAGGGGGACCUUGCGUGCGCUGCAGGAUUUUAAUCCAUGACGGCGUAGUGUGUUACUAAUGGUUUUCUUUGAGACUGUGGUCCCAGCUCUCUUCAGGUCAUUGACCAGGUCCUGCCGUGUAGUUCUGGGCUGAUCCCUCACCUUCCUCAUGAUCAUUGAUGCCCCACGAGGUGAGAUCUUGCAUGGAGCCCCAGACCGAGGGUGAUUGACCGUCAUCUUGAACUUCUUCAAUUUUCUAAUAAUUGCGCCAACAGUUGUUGCCUUCUCACCAAGCUGCUUGCCUAUUGUCCUGUAGCCCAUCCCAGCCUUGUGCAGGUCUACAAUUUUAUCCCUGAUGUCCUUACACAGCUCUCUGGUCUUGGCCAUUGUGGAGAGGUUGGAGUCUGUUUGAUUGAGUGUGUGGACAGGUGUCUUUUAUACAGGUAACGAGUUCAAGCAGGUGCAGUUAAUACAGGUAAUGAGUGGAGAACAGGAGGGCUUCUUAAAGAAAAACUAACAGGUCUGUGAGAGCCGGAAUUCUUACUGGUUGGUAGGUGAUCAAAUACUUAUGUCAUGCAAUAAAAUGCAAAAUUAAUUACUUAAAAAUCAUACAAUGUGAUUUUCUGGAUUUUUGUUUUAGAUUCAGUCUCUCACAGUUGAAGUGUACCUAUGAUAAAAAUUACAGACCUCUACAUGCUUUGUAAGUAGGAAAACCUGCAAAAUACUUGUUCUCCCCACUGUAUGUAUGUAUGUAUGUAUGUAUGUAUGUAUGUAUGUAUGUAUAUAUACAGUGUGUAUGUACAGUUGAAGUCGGAAGUUUACGUACACCUUAGCCAAAUACAUUUUAACUCAGUUUUUCACAAUUCCUGACAUUUAAUCCUAGUAAAAUACCCUGUCUUAUGUCAGUUAGGAUCACCACUUUAUUCUAAGAAUGUGAAAUGUCAGAAUAAUAGUAGAGAGAAUGAUUUAUUUCAGCUUUUAUUUCUUUCAUCACAUUCCCAGUGGGUCAGAAGUUUACAUACACUCAAUUAGUAUUUGGUAGCAUUGCCUUUAAAUUGUUUAACUUACAUCAAACAUUUCGGGUAGCCUUCCACAAGCUUCCUACAAUAGGUUUGGUGAAUUUUGGCCCAUUCCACCUUACAGAGCUGGUGUAACUGAGUCAGGAUUGUAGGCCUCCUUGCUCGCACAUGCUUUUUCAGUUCUGCCAACAAAUUUUCUAUAGAAUUGAGGUCAGGGUUUUGUGAUGGCCACUCCAAUACCUUGACUUUGUUGUCCUUAAGCCAUUUUGCCACAACUUUGGAAGUAUGCUUGGGGUCAUUGUCGAUUUGGAAGACCCAUUUGCGACCAAGCUUUAACUUUCUGACUGAUGUCUUGAGAUGUUGCUUCAAUAUAUCCACAUAAUUUUCCUUCCUCAUGAUGCCAUCUAUUUUGUGAAGUGCACCAGUCCCUCCUGCAGCAAAGCACCCCCACAGCAUGAUGCUGCCACCUCCGUGCUUCACGGUUUGGAUGGUGUUCUUCGGCUUGUAAGCAGCCCCCUUUUUCCUCCAAACAUAACGACGGUCAUUAUUGCCAAACAGUUCUAUUUUUGUUUCAUCAGACCAGAGGACAUUUCUCCAAAAAGUACGAUCUUUGUCCCCAUGUGCAGUUGCAAACCGUAGUCUGGCUUUUUUAUGGCGGUUUUGGAGCAGUGGCUUCUUCCUUACUGAGCGACUUUUCAGGUUAUUUCGAUAUAGGACUCCUUUUACUGUGGAUAUAGAUACUUUGUACCUGUUUCCUCCAGCAUCUUCACAAGGUCCUUUGCUGUUGUUCUGGGAUUGAUUUGCACUUUUCGCACCAAAGUUCAUUCAUCUCUAGGAGACAGAACGCGUCUCCUUCCUCCUCCUUCCUGAGCGGUAUGACGGCUGCGUGGUCCCAUGGUGUUUAUACUUGCGUACUAUUGUUUGUACAGAUGAAUGUGGUACCAUCAGGUGUUUGGAAAUUGAUCCCAAGGAUGAACCAGACUUGUGGAGGUCUACAAUUUCUUUUCUGAGGUCUUGGCUGAUAUCUUUUGAUUUUCCCAUGAUGUCAAGCAAAGAGGCACUGAGUUUGAAGGUAGGCCUUGAAAUACAUCCACAGGUACACCUUCAAUUGACUCAAAUGAUGUCAAUUAGCCUAUCAGAAGCUUCUAAAGCCAUGACAUCAUUUUCUGGAAUUUUCCAAGCUGUUUAAAGGCACAGUCAACUUAGUGUAUGUAAACUUCUGACCCAAUGGAAUUGUGAUACAGUGAAUUAUAAGUGAAAUAAUCUGUCUGUAAACAAUUGUUGGAAAAAUUACUUGUGUCAUGCACAAAGUAGAUGUCCUAACUGACUUGCCAAUACUAUAGUUUGUUAACAAGAAAUUUGUGGAGUGGUUGAAAAACGAGUUUUAAUGACUCCAACCUCAGUGUAUGUAAACUUCAACUGUAUGUAUGUGUAUAUAAAAUGUAUAUAUACAGUAUGUAACUCCUGAGUGGCGCAGUGGUCUAAGGCACUGCAUCGCAGUGCUAACUGUGCCACUAAAUCCUGGUUCGAAUCCAGGCUCUGUCGUAGCCGGCCGCGACCGGGAGACCCAUGGGGCGGCGCACAAUUGGCCCAGCGUCGUCCAGGGUAGGGGAGGGAAUGGCCGGCAGGGAUGUAGCUCAGUUGAUAGAGCAUGGCGUUUGCAACGCCAGGGUUGUGGGUUCGAUUCCCAGGGGGGGCCAGUAUAAAAAAAAUAUAUAUAUAUAUGUAUUCUCUAACUGUAAGUUGCUCUGGAUAAGAGCGUCUGCUAAAUUACGUAAAUGUAAUGUAUAUUAUUUUACUGCUCUAGGGAUAUAAUUAUUGUUUGGAUAACCUUAUUUACUGUUAUGUAUUGAUUUUCACUUUACAUUUUUUCACUCUUUAUGCGAUUCACAAUGCAAAGAACACCAGAAGAAGAAUGAUCAUUUAAUUACCACAGUGAAUUAUUGUACCGUUUGUUUUUUGUGUCAAUUAAUCCCAUAAGGGAUGGGUUGCCAAUUUGGCGAUUUGACACAAAAAAAUAAAAUAAACAUUAAUUAAUUCAAUUCAAUUAUUUAAUUAAUUAAUUCACACAAACACACACACACACCUGACUCUGUAUGUGUCUUUUCAGAUGUCCAGAAGACCAUUAUCGGCCAAAGUAUAGGAGGAAUAAUCUAUUCUCUUUUCGCUGGGUCACCGUUGGUAAUCCCUUUGACCACGGCUCCACUGGCCAUCUUCAUCAGUGGUAGGUCUCUCUCCUCUUCUUCAUCAGUGGUAGGUCUCUCUCCUCUUCAUCAGCGGUAGGUCUCUCUCUCGUCUUCAUCAGUGGUAGGUCUCUCUCCUCUUCUUCAUCAGCGGUAGGUCGCUCUCCUCUUCAUCAGCGGUAGGUCUCUCUCCUCUUCAUCAGCGGUAGGUCUCUCUCUCCUCUUCAUCAGUGGUAGGUCUCUCUCUCCUCUUCAUCAGUGGUAGGUCUCUCUCUCCUCUUCAUCAGCGGUAGGUCUCUCUCCUCUUCAUCAGCGGUAGGUCUCUCUCUCCUCUUCAUCAGCGGUAGGUCUCUCUCUCCUCUUCUUCAUCAGUUGUAGGUCUCUCUCCUCUUCUUCAUCAGCGGUAGGUCUCUCUCUCCUCUUCUUCAUCAGUGGUAGGUCUCUCUCUCCUCUUCUUCAUCAGCGGUAGGUCUCUCUCUCCUCUUCAUCAGUGGUAGGUCGCUCUCCUCUUCAUCAGUGGUAGGUCUCUCUCUCCUCUUCUUCAUCAGCGGUAGGUCUCUCUCCUCUUCAUCAGCAGUAGGUCUCUCUCUCCUCUUCAUCAGCGGUAGGUCUCUCUCUCCUCUUCUUCAUCAGCGGUAGGUCUCUCUCUCCUCUUCAUCAGUGGUAGGUCUCUCUCUCCUCUUGUUCAUCAGCGGUAGGUCUCUCUCCUCCUCUUCAUCAGCGGUAGGUCUCUCUCUCCUCUUCCUCAUCAGCGGUAGGUCUCUCUCCUCUUCUUCAUCACAAUGAAUAAUUAAUUAACUAAUUUAGUUACUGUAGCACUUUUCCAAUUGCUCAAAGCGCUUUACAUAGUAAGGGGGAAACUGGCUUCUUCCACCACCAAUGUGUAGGUAUAUUGUGGUAGGUCUUUCUCCUCUUCUUCAUCAGUGUUAGGUCUCUUUCUGAGCCUUAUAUCCUGUAUAUAUGUCUCUGUCUGCCCUGUACUUCUCCGUCUGCCCUCUACCUCUCUGUCUGCCCUCUACCUCUCUGUCUGCCCUCUACCUCUCUGUCUGCCCUCUACCUCUCUGUCUGCCCUCUACCUCUCUGUCUGCCCUGUACGUCUCUGUCUGCCCUCUACCUAGCCGUCUACCCUCUCUGUCUGCCCUCUACCUAGUUGUCUGCCCUCCGUCUGCCCUCUACCUCUCUGUCUGCCCCUCUCCGUCUGCCCUCUACCUCUCUGUCUGCCCUCUACCUCUCUGUCUGCCCUCUACCUCGCUGUCUGCCCUCCACCUCGCUGUCUGCCGUCCACCUCUCCAUCUGCCCUCCACCUCUCCGUCUGCCCUCCACUUCUCCGUCUGCCCUCCACUUCUCCGUCUGCCCUCCACCUCUCCAUCUGCCCUCCACCUCUCUGUCUGCCCUCCACCUCUCUGUCUGCCCUCUACCUCUCUGUCUGCCCUCUACUUCUGUCUGCCCUCUACUUCUGUCUGCCCUCUACUUCUGUCUGCCCUCUACCUCUCUGUCUGCCCUCUACCUCUCUGUCUGCCCUCUACCUCUCUGUCUGCCCUCUACCUCUCUGUCUGCCCUCUACCUCUCUGUCUGCCCUGUACGUCUCUGUCUGCCCUCUACCUAGCCGUCUACCCUCUCUGUCUGCCCUCUACCUAGUUGUCUGCCCUCCGUCUGCCCUCUACCUCUCUGUCUGCCCCUCUCCGUCUGCCCUCUACCUCUCUGUCUGCCCUCUACCUCUCUGUCUGCCCUCUACCUCGCUGUCUGCCCUCCACCUCGCUGUCUGCCCUCCACCUCUCCAUCUGCCCUCCACCUCUCCGUCUGCCCUCCACUUCUCCGUCUGCCCUCCACUUCUCCGUCUGCCCUCCACCUCUCCAUCUGCCCUCCACCUCUCCGUCUGCCCUCCACCUCUCUGUCUGCCCUCUACCUCUCUGUCUGCCCUCUACUUCUGUCUGCCCUCUACUUCUGUCUGCCCUCUACUUCUGUCUGCCCUCUACUUCUGUCUGCCCUCCACCUCGCUGUCUGCCCUCCACCUCGCUGUCUGCCCUCCACCUCUCCGUCUGCCCUCCACCUCUACGUCUGCCCUCCACCUCUCCGUCUGCCCUCCACCUCUCCAUCUGUCCUCCACCCCGCUGUCUGCCCUCCACCUCUCCAUCUGUCCUCCACCCCGCUGUCUGCCCUCCACCUCUCCGUCUGCCCUCCACCCCGCUGUCUGCCCUCCACCUCUCCAUCUGUCCUCCACCCCGCUGUCUGCCCUCCACCUCUCCAUCUGUCCUCUACCUCUCCGUCUGCCCUCCACCUCUCCAUCUGCCCUCCACCUCUCCAUCUGUCCUCCACCCCGCUGUCUGCCCUCCACCUCUCCAUCUGUCCUCUACCUCUUCUCCGGACAGACACAUCUCCACUGCAGCACAAUAAAGUUAUCUCCACUUUUUGAAGUUUCUCCACCGUUGGAUGAUUUCGAGAAUUAAGUGUUUUCCCAGGGAGCCAGCAGACCAGACAGAGAGAGAGAGAGACAUACAGAUGGAUGGACAGAGAGACAGACGGUCAGACCGAGUCUACCACUCUCCUGGUUCUCAGGCUCUGUCUCUUGUUGGACCCCACUAACGUUCCAAUGUUUUAUUUACACAUAUCUGUCUAUAAUGAGUUAAGUUGUUUGGAAUAGAAAUCAUUCUGCCGGCUUGAGGCUGAGGAAUGGAGCAACAUUAACGUCUGUUUUAAUAUAUGAUUUGUUUAGAGGCUGUCUGAUGUCAUUCCAUCUGACUGAGCUGUUCUGUGGGUCUAAUAGUGUGUGUGUGUGUGUGUGUGUGUGUGUGUGUGUGUGUGUGUGUGUGUGUGUGUGUGUGUGUGUGUGUGUGUGUGUGUGUGUGUGUGUGUGUGUGUGUGUGUGUGUGUGUGUGUGUGUGUGUGUGUGUGUCUGUCUGUCUGUCUGUCUGUCUGUCUGUCUGUCUGUCUGUCUGUCUGUCUGUCUGUCUGUCUGUCUGUCUGUCUGUCUGUCUGUCUGUCUGUCUGUCUGUCUGUCUGUCUGUCUGUCUGUCUGUCUGUCUGUCUGUCUGUCUGUCUGUCUGUCUGUCUGUCUGUCUGUCUGUCUGUCUGUCUGUCUGUCUGUCUGUCUGUCUGUCUGUCUGUCUGUCUGUCUGUCUGUCUGUCUGUCUGUCUGUCUGUCUGUCUGUCUGUCUGUCUGUCAGACUAUUAUCCUGAGACUGUCUGGUGGUAAAACAGUUGUUUGUCUGAGGAAACCCACGUGUGGUUUGUUUGUGUAAUCUAAAUACACAUCAGCUGUUGUUCUGGUUGUUUUGCUGUUCAAAUGAAGUCGUCAGGUUUUGUUCCUGUAUAAUGUUGGUAAAACUAGAGUGAGUUUCGUCUUCCAUCACCAGCCUGCGGUUGGUCUCAAGGCUAGCGCUGCCGCCUGCAGACGUGGCAUACAAGUCAAAUCCUACUGUAGUCCUACCACUCUCUUCAACUCACGUCACUUCACUUUCCUGUCUGGCUUUCCUGUCUGGCUUUCCUGUCUAGUCUCGGGUAUAUCCCCGACCGUGGUGCGACGUAAGCCGGAGCAUUGAUACAUUGCCGGAAGCAAACUGUCUGUCUAUCAAGGUUAGGGACAUUGGCCAGCAACUGCUUGAACAAACAACUUUAACCGUUAAACUGCUCAUUGGGUGUUGCACUGCAGCUGCCCGCUAGAGGGCUCUUCAACGAAUGUGUGUAUAUCAGAGGGUUUGGGUACAGCAGAAGACGUCUUUCUGUCUGGACUAAUAAAGUAUUCCAUCUCCAUGAUCAUUAACGAAUAGAAUUCUCUGUGUGUCUACAGUGAUCCGUUGUAUCUGUGAUGACUAUGACCUGGACUUCCCAGCGUUCUACGCCUGCAUCGGUCUCUGGAACUCCGUCUUCCUCAUCCUGGGAGGCAUCUUCAAUGUCUCUCUGCUCAUGAAGCUGUUCAAAAGGUGCUCUAUAUGAACUGAAUAUUAUAGUAAAUACUGUAUGCACCAUAUUUGUACUGUUUAUGUGUGACUAUAAGUAAGUAAGUAAUCAACGAGGGACUAUGCGUUCUAUGGAAAAUAAUGAACGACGUGGAAGAUGCGUUCCAAAACGUGCUAGCAGAGAACUGACCAUCCACGGAGUUGGAGAACGCAUAGAGCCCCGAGUUGGAGAACGCAUAGAGCCCCGAGUUGGAGAACGCAUAGAGCCCCGAGUUGGAGAACACAUAGAGCCCCGAGUUGGAGAACGCAUAGAGCCCCGAGUUGGAGAACACAUAGAGCCCCGAGUUGGAGAACACAUAGAGCCCCGAGUUGGAGAACACAUAGAGCCCCGAGUUGGAGAACGCAUAGAGCCCCGAGUUGGAGAACACAUAGAGCCCCGGGGUUGGAGAACACAUAGAGCCCCGAGUUGGAGAACGCAUAGAGCCCCGAGUUGGAGAACACAUAGAGCCCCGAGUUGGAGAACACAUAGAGCCCCGAGUUGGAGAACGCAUAGAGCCCCGAGUUGGAGAACGCAUAGAGCCCCGAGUUGGAGAACACAUAGAGCCCCGAGUUGGAGAACACAUAGAGCCCCGAGUUGGAGAACGCAUAGAGCCCCGAGUUGGAGAACACAUAGAGCCCCGAGUUGGAGAACACAUAGAGCCCCGAGUUGGAGAACACAUAGAGCCCCGAGAUGGAGAACGCAUAGAGCCCCGAGUUGAUUAUCCCUUCUAUACCAUGGCUAUAAUUUAACACAUAUGCCGCUAGAAAUGUGUUCAUUUACCUCUAGAAAUGUGUUCAUUUACCUCUAGAAAUGUGUUCAACAUCCACUGAAGUAGCUAGCAAGUGUAGCAGAUAGCUACAGUAGUUACUGUGGUAACAAAACAAACAGACUUGCUAGUUUAGCUAACCAAACCAUCAGUCCUAGCUUGGCAUUGUUGAAUUGGAUUUUCAUAAUACCAAUAAUGUUUUCAAAUUCAACUUUUGCUUUCAAAAGCAGCUCAAACAUAGAACAUGUAAGAAUGAACUAUAGCCGUGGUAUAUUGGUCAUACACCACACCCCCUCGGGCCUUACUGCUUAAACAAUGCACGCUCUAGAAUGCCCUUCAAGCCAAUCAGAAACAUGUAUUCAACAAUGCCAUGGUAUAAUGUACAGUAACAUCUACAAUGUUUCCCUGAUCAUGAGGCUGUUUUAAAGGUCUGGGUCACCUACACAUGGACUGGAUAUGCGGUACAUGCCAUCAUUUCACUGUCUGUGUUGUUGUCCCCCACCAAGAAAUCGGGGCGGGGACUGUGGAUCUGUCUCUGUACGUUAGUCACUCAGACAGCACUGUUUAGAAAACUCGGUUGAAUGAUGAAUCUUGCCAUAUCGAUCCAGCAUUUACAGAACUACACCAAUUGACCCAAGGCUGGAGCUAUGGUAGUGAUAUGAAAUGUGUUAGUCAAACGCGAUAUCUCAGUUGGCCCAAGGGAGGUGCUGUAUCAUUGGUUGGGGGACGACGUGUUUAUGGUUGUUGCUCUUGUUGUGUCCCAGGUCAACAGAGGAGGUCAUAGCUCUGUUCAUCUCUAUAGCCUUCGUAGUGGACGCUCUGAAAGGAACCAUCACAAGUAAGGAGGGGGACAAUGUACAACUCCCUCAACUCAACCUGUAGACCAUACUGAUGAUUAUAUACCAUGCUGAUGAUUAUAUACCAUACUGAUGAUUAUAUACCAUACUGAUGAUUAUAUACCAUACUGAUGAUUAUAUACCAUACUGAUGAUUAUAUACCAUACUGAUGAUUAUAUACCAUAUUGAUGAUUAUAUACCAUACUGAUGAUUAUAUACCAUACUGAUGAUUAUAUACCAUAUUGAUGAUUAUAUACCAUACUGAUGAUUAUAGACCAUACUGAUGAUUAUAUACCAUAUUGAUGAUUAUAUACCAUACUGAUGAUUAUAUACCAUACUGAUGAUUAUAUACCAUACUGAUGAUUAUAUACCAUACAGACCAUACUGAUGAUUAUAUACUAUACUGAUGAUUAUAUACCAUAUUGAUGAUUAUAUACCAUACUGAUGAUUAUAUACCAUACUGAUGAUUAUAGACCAUACUGAUGAUUAUAUACCAUACUGAUGAUUAUAUACCAUAUUGAUGAUUAUAUACCAUACUGAUGAUUAUAUACCAUACUGAUGAUUAUAUACCAUACAGACCAUACUGAUGAUUAUAUACCAUACUGAUGAUUAUAUACCAUACAGACCAUAUUGAUGAUUAUAUACCAUACUGAUGAUUAUAUACCAUACUGAUGAUUAUAUACCAUACAGACCAUACUGAUGAUUAUAUACCAUACUGAUGAUUAUAUACCAUACAGACCAUACUGAUGAUUAUAUACCAUACUGAUGAUUAUAUACCAUACAGACCAUACUGAUGAUUAUAUACCAUACAGACCAUACUGAUGAUUAUAUACCAUACUGAUGAUUAUAUACCAUACAGACCAUAUUGAUGAUUAUAUACCAUACUGAUGAUUAUAUACCAUAUUGAUGAUUAUAUACCAUACAGACCAUACUGAUGAUUAUAUACCAUACUGAUGAUUAUAUACCAUACAGACCAUAUUAAUGAUUAUAUAACAUACUGAUGAUUAUAUACCAUACUGAUGAUUAUAUACCAUACAGACCAUACUGAUGAUUAUAUACCAUACAGACCAUACUGAUGAUUAUAUACCAUACAGACCAUACUGAUGAUUAUAUACCAUACAGACCAUACUGAUGAUUAUAUACCAUACAGACCAUACUGAUGAUUAUAUAUCAUACAGACCAUACUGAUGAGUAUAUACCAUACAGACCAUACUGAUGAUUAUAGAUCAUACUGAUGAUUAUAUACCAUAGUGAUGAUUAUAUACCAUACAGACCAUACUGAUGAUUAUAGAUCAUACUGAUGAUUAUAUACCAUACUGAUGAUUAUAUACCAUACAGACCAUACUGAUGAUUAUAUACCAUACAGACCAUACUGAUGAUUAUAUACCAUACUGAUGAUUAUAUACCACAUAGACCAUACUGAUGAUUAUAUACCAUACUGAUGAUUAUAUACCAUACAGACCAUACUGAUGAUUAUAUACCAUACAGACCAUACUGAUGAUUAUAUACCAUACUGAUGAUUAUAUACCAUACAGACCAUACUGAUGAUUAUAUACCAUACUGAUGAUUAUAUACCAUACAGACCAUACUGAUGAUUAUAUACCAUACAGACCAUACUGAUGAUUAUAGAUCAUACUGAUGAUUAUAUACCAUACUGAUGAUUAUAUACCAUACAGACCAUACUGAUGAUUAUAUACCAUACAGACCAUACUGAUGAUUAUAUACCAUACUGAUGAUUAUAUACCAUAUAGACCAUACUGGUGAUUAUAUACCAUACAGACAAUUUACAUUAUUAUAUACCAUUUUAUUUAAGUAGGCUACCAUGCCUUUGUUGUCAUGGAGAUGAUCCAACUUGAUAUGUUGAAUUGAUGAUAAUUACUCCCUGUUGUGUCUCCUCCCUCCAGUCUUCCAUAAAUACUACCACGCCUCGACGCUGACCAAUGGAAGUGGUGAGGCGUUGCUAUGGCUACAGGAGCAGUGGGGUGUGACCCUACUGGGGGGUAAUGGGACGGGGGCGGGGGGAGCAGAAGGAGGAGGGGUGGGGGGAUUCAGCUCCAGCUCUCUCCCUCUGCCUGACUCCUUCAUCCAGUCUACCAGGGAGAGACCAGUCCUGUGUCUGCUGCUAAUGCUGGGAACCCUGUGGCUGGGCUACACCCUCUACCAGUUUAAACAC